CAAGCCACUCGACAAAGAUCCCAAAUCGAAGACUACGAAAACUCAGUUCACAGUCAUGUUCGGCAAAUGCUCAGCACUACUCGUCCUGCUAUCAGUCAUCGCCGUGGCUCACGGUGCACCCAGGAAGCACAGAAGGUCUACCCUUCCUCCUUGGCACCACCCCUGUGGAGAAAACUACUACACGACGACCGAAGAGAACAUGGUCGAUGACUGUGAAACGGGUUUGAGGAGCGGACUACAGCUCCUGACUUCAAGUAACGCUCUUGCCCUGGAUAACUACAUCGAGUCAAAGUACGAGGAGCUCUAUUCGCAAGUCAGCAGCCUGCCGGAACACCAGUACAAACAGAAUUGGGUGCCUGGCAAAAAGGACGUCAAGAUCGUCAUGGAUCUGGUGAACGCCGACCCUAAAAUGGUCGCCGAGCACCUCCCAAAGCUCCACACUGACCUACAGAAGUUCGCCGUCGCUUUCGAGGAGCUCGUCGAGGACGAGACGAGGCAAGAGGUGCACAACACACUCGUGGAAACGCGAGAUAAACUGAUAAUGGACCUCUGCGAGGUCGAGGUCUCCUUGAUGUCCAUGUGUCUUAAGGUCCCGGAGCGCGUCAGCGAGAACAUCAUGACCGGUACCGACAAGGACCCGGAGGGUGAGACCAAGCGGUUGGUCCGAGACUGGGGCAUCCUCUUCAGAUACAGGGAGUACCUCUCGACGUGGGGGAAGAUCUUGCACUACUGAUUCGGUUCCACUUCUCGCUCGUCGUUUCGCUCCGGAAGUUCUUUGGCGGAGGAGGAAUGCCUUGUGAACCAGGGGAACACGAGCUGGCGGGUGCGGACGUGCGGCGGGUUCCAUCCUGAUCCUCUGAUCCUCCAAUCGUUGCUGUAGAAAAACCGCAGUUCCGAGUUGCAACACCAACCGAGACGACGUAGCUGCGCGAUGAAUCACAAGGUGAUGCAAAAGUCAUUAAGAUUAAAACUUCUCCGGGUGGUAUAGCACAGAGACUAUGAGUUACUGCUCAGACAAGACGAGGUGCGAAUGAAGAACUAAUCGAUACUGGAAAUACCCAGAGUACUUGGGUGUCGAAAUUAACAGUGUUGGACAAAAUGUGAUUGGAGAUGGAAGGUUGACGCCAUUGGACUAGGCCGGACCUUUCAUCUCAGCUUUUUUUAAGUUAUUCUAUUUAUCAUGCCUAUUUAUUUAAUCAUUCAUUCAUCUUUGUGACACCGGAUCGCGUGCCUUAGAAAAUUAUGUAUUUGACGACGACGAUGUCAACGGUAAUUGACAAUUCGGUCUCAUCAAACAAUCUAUUUAUCGAUUCGCCAUCAGUAUUAUAUUUAUGGCCAUUUAUACACUAGACUUGACAGUAUUUUAAAUUAUUCAUAUUAUUUAUAGUGUGCAUGCUCG